UUUUUGUUUAAAGUGUCUCCUGCAGUUUUGAUGUGGAUUCACUCCUCCUCUUGCCUUUUACCAAGAAGUCAAAAACUCCACCCAACAGGCUUAAAUCUCAUUCACUCGCUUGACACCGCCUUGGAACACACUCAUACACGCUUUAAGCUUGUGAAGGUUAAAAAUGAUGGUAAGCAAAGAGGUGCUGCUCUUCAUAAUCUUCAUGACGGAGAUGGGGUGCAAUGGGAUUCAAGUCGAUCCCCCUGAGGAGAUUAAAAUCAUAGAUCCUGGCCAUCUUGGCUGUCUGGAGAUUACAUGGACUCCCCCAGCUAGCUUCAUUCAUAUGCAGGACUGCCUGAUACGUUACCAGUUGAAAUACUACAACACAUAUAGUCAGAGUUGGACAGUUAUUAAGACACUCCACAGGACAUACAGCGACCAGUUUGAUCUGAUGAAGGACGUCCGGGUGAGAGUGUACACUUUGCUGACUGGACCCUGCACUAAUAACACUUGGAUCAGGAGCGCAAACUACACAGAAGUGGUGCAGAAUCCUCCUAGCGCAGGUCUAGAGGACAACGGAGUGGAGGAUUUUGGGUGUGUGUUCCAUAACAUGGAGAAAACCAUCUGUGAGUGGAAAAAAAGCCCAAAAUCUCCAACCAGCUCACAGCUAUAUCUCCAUUACUGGCACAUAGACCUGGAGAAAACGGAGGAGUGCCCUGACUACAUCACUAAAAAUGGAGUUAGGAGUGGAUGCAACUUCACAGGAAAACCUCUCCCUGAUUUUACUGAUGUCAACUUCUGUGUAAACGGCUCCUCUCCCGAAGGGCCCCUGAAGCCUACGUAUGCUUCAAUACAAAUCCAAAACUAUGUGAAGCCUGCACGUGCAGACAAGCCGCAUCUGCAGACCUUUACAGAUGCUCCGCUCAAGCUGCACUGGAUGAAACCUCCAGGAAAAGUUCCUGGACCCUGCCUGGAAUAUGAGGUGGAACACACUCGAGCGACUCCUGAUGGGAAGCUUGAAUCGCGGCGGAUUUCCACCUUGCUCACGAGCCACACUUUUCCUCCUGCUGGCAACGACGACAGAAACUGCUUCAAGGUUCGCUCCAGGAUGAACAAAUAUUGUGCGGCAGGAAGCUUCUGGAGCGCCUGGAGUCUCCAAACAUGCCACUGAGAGUUCAUAUGAGGCAGUUCACACAUCCGUGACUGAGCACUGAGGACUCGGACGAUCUGCAUUGUCAGGGAUUAUCAGCAUGCAAAUAAUGCAAUUUCUAAUCAAACACCAUGAGACUCUUUCACGAAGGGGGCCCACAGGGAUCCCAGUCAGGGCCCCCUUUAUUUCAUUCUAAUCUCUGAAUUCUUAUGGCCAAUUAGUUGUCCCUGCAAAGACGUUUUGCUUGGUGGCGGCCAUGUUUCUGAACCAAUCUUGCUCAAAAUUUACAGACGCGCUUGUCAGACCACAGUUUGUGGCGAAAAUACGAGCGGGACCUGAACUAACACACCUAUAGUGAACUUAACACUCGUAUUACCCGAUAUAUACUAGACAUAAUAAAAGUAAAUAAGCCAUUUAAGACAUAAAUAAGUCUUGUGCUUGUGUGUGUUGCUAUAAAUGUGUUCCCUGGAGGAGCAGAGUUGGUGGUGGACAGGAAGUGACUGUGAGUGUUCACAGUUGAGUUUCACCUUUUCGUGGGUUAGGGCCACAAAAGUUGCCCGUGUUUUUAUGAAAGAUUUUUAUUAUGGAUUAUUGUGCCU